AUGGGCUGCUGUAUGACGAAUCAGGGUCCACCCCCAUGCGUGGCAGACAACAGAUGCCUACGGCGGUGGAUGUUCAUAGACCGCAUCGUCGAGCCGCUAGAUUUCCUUGCGACGUCGAUGUUUUGCUUGGAAUCGUACAGGAGCAUGUUGGACAGCGUUGGCACGUCUGAGCGUGCAGCACGAGAAGAACUGUGGGUAUUCUCCGUGCUCGUCCUGGUAGCUUCCUGGUUCUGCAUGAUGAUGUUUCACUUUCACAACUGUCAGAAAAAGGUCAAUAUUUGUCACGCCUGCGCCUUCCUUCUCUGCUUCGCGGUGCCUCUCAUUGUCCUUCUGGUGGUCGGGCUUACGGGCCUCUCUGCAGAGGCGCAUUUUGCCCUCGAGAUAUUCAGCAUAGUUUGGUGGUCCCUUGGAACUUUCGCUCUCUGCAUGAUGUACACAUGCGAGCCCUACCGCGCGUUCACUACUUCUGCGGGCCUCGAGGUGCCAGGAAUAGGAUUUGGCAUCGUCUGCUGCAUGGUUGAGAGGAAGCUGAAAGAGGCCAUAGAGUUUCGUGGUGAAAGGGCGUAUGGCGACAUGUUGCGAAUAGCGCAAGACGUCCCAAGCAUCAUCGUCAGUUCUAUGUACAUCAACCAGCUGGAUGUUAGCUGGUUUGCUGUGCUGAAUCUCAGCACGAGCUUCUGCGCAUUGUUGCUCUACCUAUACUUGCUUGUCGAGAAAUGUGUGCCACCUCCGCCUGGAAGCAAGCCGGUGGUCAUCUUUGGAGCUGUCUUGCCGUCCUGA